AUGGACUUUGAGUGGACGAACCAAACAGGCCCCAUCGACGCUCAAUCGCCCUUCCUCGCUGCCAGCCAACAAAAGAAGCGUGAGUCCCCAGGCCCCUCUUUCCCUUUCGGACGAGACACACAUGGGGAAACACAACCGCUGACUUCAGGGCCUUCUUUCGGCCAGUCAGGCCCUCACUCCGUCCUAGACUCUCCCUCCAAAAACGGUUUCGCGACACCGAAUCGGCUGCGCGACCCCGACAACCGCAUGACAUACUUCAGCCGCGAUCCCAGCAAGCCGCUACCGUCCACACCCGCAUCCUCGGUGCCCGCACACAUCCAACCCAGCCCGUGGUCUAUGCGAACGCCCUCACACGACCUCGACUUCAGCUCAGGCGGGGAAACACCUGGCACACCACAGUUAGACAGCGACCCUGGCACACCAGACACGCAAUUGGCGAGCAAGAUGGGGCGGCUAGGCAACGGCGAUGCAAAGGGCGGGCGGCGAGACAGCUGGUUCAAGCGGACCUUCAUGUCCACGCCGAGCCCCACCAAGGAGCGGGACAGAGAGCGGGACAAGGACGUGUCGCAAAAGUACUACUCCAAGAAAGCCGAGAACCGCAUAGUCAAGCGCCGGUCAGAGCGCUCACGGUCCAAGAAGCGCGCCACGGUCCACGACGACGACGGCGAAGAUUCCGACAACGAUCAGAGACGACCUCAAGUCCCUCCCAAAGAGGCGGGGCCCGUCCAGCAGACUCUCGCCAUGAGCGUAGGCGGCUUCCUCUCGUGGGUCGAAGCGCACCCCAACCUCCCCUCCGUCCUAUCCUACUACCUCCAACUCACCGUCAACAUGUUCCUCGGCAGCCUCUUCAUCUACAUCGUCUACUCCGCCUGGGCGGGCGUCAUGACAGACGUCGACAUCGAGUCCUCCAAACACGCAUCCGAAGUCAUGGUCGAAAUCGCCGGAUGCGCCAUUGAAUACAACCGGAAUCGCUGUCGGCCGGAGGAAGUCGUGCCGGCGAUGGAGCGGGCAUGUGGUGUCUGGGAGACGUGCAUGAACCGCGAUCCGAAGAAGGUUGCAAGAGCGACGGUGACGGCGAAGACGUUUGCUAUGAUCUUUAACUCUUUUGUUGAGGAGUUUAGUUAUAAGUCUAUGAGUAAUCAGCAACGGAUACAACGAUAG